GUUCUGGAGCAGGAGGACCAGGAAAUGCCUGGGGUCUUGGUCUCUGCUCUGCAGGUUCCCCGCUUUACUCAUCUAGCGGCCGUCCCCCUUUAGCCGAAUACCCUUGGUUUGAGGAUCCCCAGACUUUCGGGACCACAAGGCCUUGGCUUCCCUGGGACCUGGUGGCAGAGAAGGAGCGUCUUUCAGUGGGAAAAAGGCACGUCCACGGCCAGUGAGGAUGUCACUGGUCAGUGGCCACUUUCCUCUGGUUAUCUGAGAGGUCGUUACCGCUGCCCCUAAAGGCGAUCUCGGGGAUCGUGGAUCCUGGGGACUUCACCCUAUGUGAUUUCCAUCACGUGUCGUGUUCGUUGUAACUUUCGUUGAGACAGCGUCAGUCUGGGGCUUCCUUCCCCAUACUGGGAAGGCAGGGCCUGCUCAGUCCCGGCAUGGCCAGUAGCCCCCGGAGGACGGCCUUGACAGCUUUCAUCCCCGUGGGCCAGCUGCUUUCUUCUGCUGCCCAAGGACCCCGGAGAAGCUCUUCCUUCAGCAGCUCAGAAGAAAAAUACACCAUCCUUGAGCAGAGGGACAGACUUCUUCGAGAAGAUCGAAAAAGGAUAGUGGCCCUGGACAAAGCUGAAGCCCUUACUGGUACGUGUCCAGACAUGUGUCCUGAGAAGGAGCGCUACCUGAGGGAGAUUCAGAGCCAGCUCAGCCCCUUUGAGAUGCUCCCGGGCACUGACAAGGUAGACCACACAGCAGCCAUUAAGGAAUACAGCAGGUCCUCUGGUUGCCUGGAGAAACUUCUGCCCCACGAGCUCAGGCCCUUGGCUGUGCUGAGUAUGACCAUGGAUUAUAUCGUCACCCAUAUCAUGGACCAAGGAGAGAGGAACUACCAGGACUGGUACAGCUUUGUGUGGAACAGGACCCAUGGGAUAAGGAAGGACAUUAUCCACCAACACCUCCAUGACCCACAGACAGUGUCCCUGAUGGAGAAAUGUGCCCGUUUCCACAUCCACUGUGCCCAUCACCUUUGUGAGGAGUCCGUCGCCACCUUCGACGCUCCCAUCAACAAGGACCAAAUAACCAAAUGCCUUUUCACUCUGAAGGAGAUGUAUUUGGACCUAGCCAGUGAGGGCACAUCUUGCAGGAGGGAAGCUGAGUUCCAAGCCUACGCCAUCUUGCUUGCCCUCAACCAAGGGGAUGUUCUCAGACAAGUGCAGCAGCUCCAGCCCCACGUCUGCAACUCCCCGGAGGUCAAGUUCGCCAUCCAAGCCUUCACGGCCUUAAACAGCAACAACUACGUGAGGUUCUUCAAACUGGUCCAGGCGGCUUCCUACCUCAAUGCCUGCUUGCUCCAUGGCUACUUCAGCCAGGCUCGGGCGAAGGCCCUGAGGGCCGUGACAGCCACUCACACAGUGAGCGCCCAGAAGACCACGGGCUUUCCUCUGGACCGGGUGAUGACGUGGCUGCUCUUCAACGACUCCAGGGAGGCUGUGAGCUUCAUGCACCAUUAUGGGCUGCAUGUCUCUGAGGGCUAUGUUGAACUAAAUCGGCAGGCGCUCAGGGAACCAAAGCAGCCCUUCAGGCCUAAGAGAUCCACCUUCAUUUUGGAGAAGCUGACCAUGUCCGUGGGAGAGGUGGUGAAUGGGGAGCCCCUGCCUGCUGUGCCUCAGCACAUCCCUGAGACCAGCUUCAGCCCUCGAGGCGAGUAUAUUGGAGAAAGAGCUGAGAUGAUCAUUGCCAGCUCUUGGAAAAGCACCCAUGUGGAUGUGACAGUUUCACCAUCUGGGCGAAGAACAGAAAAGAGGUUCUUGGGUCCCCAGGAGUCUGAGUCAGCAGCCUCCUCUUCCUUCCUUCCCUUCAUGGACCUGGAACUUUUCAUCAUGAAACGACGACAUGUUUUCCCAAGACUGGGUCAAAAUGAAAAGAUAAAGGAAAACAUUCUACAUUAUGAAGAAUGGAAAAGAGGAAACAGAAGACAAAGGGAAUUUGGUUGGAAAGGAGAAAAUGAAAGUAGGCAGGAAUUUGAUGAUGGAGCAUGGCUUGAAAUGCAAGAAUGGGAAGGAGAAUAUAGUGAGAGACUGAAAGGACAAAAUGGAGAAAUAUGGAAAGAUCAAGGAAAGGAAGACAGAGGUGAAUGUGAUAAACAAGGUGGAAGAAUAAAAUAUGGAAGUAGCUUUGUCCAAGAAAACAGGAAACGAGAACAGGGAAAGGAAAAAGAUGGAAGAACUUGGAAUACAGAACAUAAAUAUGAGAAAAUAUGGGAAAUGCCAGAUGAGGCAACAGAAGGCAGAAUAUACCUAAAAAGACACAUUAGGGAGAUGAAGGGAGGAAGAAAGAGGGGACAAGACUAUGAGGAAGAAUUGGAAAUAGCUGACAAGAGAAAAAUUAUAGCACAAAACCAGGGAAGGAAAACUGGAAGACAUCAGGAAAGAAGAGAAAACUCCCAAGAACAUGGGCAACUAAAUCAAGAAGAGGAAAAAGAAAACAGUUGUGAGACGCGAUCUCAAAGAGAACAGGGAAGACCAUAUAGAGGAAUGCAAGGAGGAUCUGGAGACAAUGUUUGGGAAAGAAAAGAGGCAGUUACAGAGGAGGUAGAAGAAUGGUGGUGGAAUUAUAGAGAAAUGGGAAAAGGAAAAAGAAAGCAAAAGGAUAUAGAAGAGGAGAAAGAAAAACAAGAAAGACAUGACCAAAAAAGAAAAAGCAGUAGGGAUAGGGAGCACAAAUAUUAUAAAGAAAAGUAUGGAGAAAAAGAGGUAAAUUGGGAAAAAGAACAGGAAGGCAAAAAAACAAGAAAAGAAGGAAAUGAGAAAGGACAUAGCCACAAAAAAGGAGGCCAAAAUACUCAAUAUAUAACAAAGAAAUAUGGAGAAAAGAAGAAAAGUGAAAACUGGGAAAAAGAAUAUAGAGAAAAACAAGAAACAAAAGAUGGGAGAGGGGAGGGGCAAUGUGGAGUAGAAAAAGGUGGAGAAAAUAGAGAAAGAAAAGCUGGGAAAGUAAAUUUUAAAGAUAAAAAGGAGGAAAGACAUAUUACAGAAGAAGACAGAGAAAAUGAUCAGGACCAGCAUUGGAAUAGAAAAGAUAGGGGAGAAAAAGGGGAAAAUGAAUGUGAACAUAAAAAAAUUAAAAAACUGAAAAGAGAAAAUUAUAAGCACCUAAACUUUGCAGGAAAAGAAAAGAGAAGAUAUUUGAAUGAAGAAAUAAUAAAAUGGGAAAGAGAAUGUCUCCCAACAGAAGGUCAAGAGCAAUAUGAUCAGAGAGGACAAGAUGGAGCUCAACGAUCAAAAGAAGAAAUUGUAGGAAAGGAACACUCAAAAAAGUUGGACGAAGACAAAUGGAGAUUAGAAAGGAAAAACAGGAAAAUAAGGUAUGAAAGGAUCCAUGAACAAGAGAAAAAAGAAACAAAAAGUUGGAAAAGAGAAGUAUGGGGAAGCAACUAUGGAAAAGAAUGGGGAAUUGAAGAUGGAGAACUGGUGGAUGACAGCUUGGAAAUAAGAUAUAGUGAAAAAUGGACUAGUGAUCCCAGUGAAAAAUUAUGGGAAAGAGGAUAUCAGAAAGACCAGGACAAUAAAAUAAGGAGAAAAUGGGGCGAGUUACCCAGAGAAAGAGACUAUAAUGAACAGGAAAGAAAAAAUGGACAAGAAUUAAAUGAAAAAGCAUACAGACAUAAAGAUCCAGAUGAAGAAAAGGUCAAAAAGAAAUAUUCAGGCAGAGAAGGAAAAGUAAUACCAGAUGAAUGGGAAAGAAAAUACAGAAAAGAAAAAAAAGUAGAACACAAUGACAGAAGUAACAGAGAAAAGAUAGAGGAACAAAAAUGGAAUAAAGAACCCCUGAAACUGAAAAGAAUCCCAUUAAAAUAUCUAGAUAAUUGGAACAUAACAAAUCAAGAAGAGCUGGAAGAUACAGGCAGAGGAAGAGGGGAAGGACAAAGGAUAAAGAAGGAGGAUAGAAGAGAGGACCAUGAGGAAGAGAAAUAUGAUGAAGUCAAAACAUUAGCUGUGGGAAAAGAAUGUGAGAAAAGCCUCCAGGAGGUAAACAGGGGAACAUUUCAGAGAACAGAGUGCAAGGGGAAUACUACAGUGGAUCAGGGAGGAAAUAAGCAAAAACAAAAACAAAAGAAAGACAAAGGAAGAUAUAGAGAAAUAGGGGAAAUAAAACAUGAAAAGAUGUGGGAAACCGAAGAUCAAGAAGGAUUGGACAAAGAAGGAAUAAGAUGCGAAAAAGAUCAGAGAAGGGAUCAUGGAUGUGAACCAAGUGAGGAAGACUGUGAGAAUGAACAUGAAGCUGAAAGAAAUAGAGAUGAAGGAUGGGGAAGGGACUCCAGAAAAGAUCCAAGAGGAGAGGAAAAUCAAGCUCAAGAAAUACAAAAUACUUGGGAGCUAAAAGAAAAAGAGCAUGGAAGGGGAAUCAGUGGAAUCUUAGAUGGACAAUGGAAAGCAACCUCAGAAGAGAUAUAUGGAAAUGAUCAAGAGUUGCAGAGUGAGGAACAGGACUUAAGAGAUCAAGGAAAAGGAAAGAGAAAACAGAAUAGACAAAAAUGGGAAGCAGAAUAUGGAGAAGUUAAAAGAGAAAUUGGGAUCAAACAUUGUGAAGGAAGACAGGAAGAACAACCCAAAAAAGAGGAUCAAGAAAUAACAUUGGGAAGGGGCAAGGCAAGAGAAAAUGAAGACUGCUUAGAAGGAGAUAUUAGAUUGAAAAAAGAAGAUAGAGAGGCUCUAAGUGUGGAUAAGGGAAUGAAUGACACAAGAAAUGCAGAAGGAUGUCAUUGGGAAAGAGAAUGGGGGAAAGGAAAUGAAAGAACAUGUGCCAAAAAAGAAUCAGUGGGGAAAAGUUGGGAAAAAUUAUACAGGGAACUAGAAGGAGAAAUCUGGUUAAGCGAGGUUGAAGAAAGCCUAAAAUAUUUAGGGGGAGACCAAGAAGAAAGGAAAGAAAAAGAAGGUGAUUUAGAACAGAAAGGCACUAUAGAGAAAAAAGGGGAAAGUUUAUUGAAUAUAAAAUAUAGCAAAGAAGAAAAAAUAGGUAAGAGAGGAAAAGAAACACAUAGAGAAGUGGAAGAAGAUUAUCAAAAGAAUGAUGAUGGGGAGAAAAUGGAAAUCAGUGCAAGUCCAGAAAAAAUUAUCUGGGGAAGUGAAGUCCAAAGGCAACUGGGAAGACAGAAAAGUCUGGACAAUUCUGAAGAAGAACAGAAAUAUCAGGAAAGAGAAGAUGAAACUGCCCGAAGACUAGAACAAGAGAACAGUGGAAGAGUGGAAGCACAGGAGUGGGAAGGAGACUGCUGGCAAGAAGGCUUGGGAGAGGGAUUGGAGAAAUGGCCAGAAGACACUGGGGAAAGACAAAAAGGAAAACCGCCAGAGGCUGGAGAAACACAGGAAGCAGAAGAGAAAGUAUUCAAUGGGGAAGCCUGGGAAGAAGAAUACAGUCAGGAAAAACUCACCCUACAGAGCCAGGAACUAUUAAUCAGAAGUGGAAAAGACCAGCAAGAAGAUGUCAACCUGAGUGAAGAGGAGUUUGCUGUCUGGGGAAGUGAGAACAAGGAGGAAUCCCCUUCAGCUUCACAUUCAUGCGAGUUGGCCAGUGCCAUAGAGGAGCCACUCCCUGCAGUUGUGGCAGGUCCAGAGAAUGGUCUGAACAAUGAAGGUGCCCAGGGGGAAGCAAGCCAGGGAUGGAUGAGAUUAUCAAGGUCGAGGAAAGACAAUCUGCCUUGGGAACUCCAGGACUCAGUGUGCAUGGCCGCUUGGGCCCCCUUGGAUCUACCUUCAUUGGUGGCUGAUUGCCACCUAGUGCCCAGGCAAGAGCUCUUCUGGAAGGUGCUCCUGAUCCUGCCGGGCUACGACACCUGCUUUGCCUACAGCCCAACGAGAGUGUUAAUGGAUUGGUUAAGAACCAAAUUCAUGGGAGCCAAAGUCCCACCACGGAAUGGAGCGAACUGGUCUAAUGACAGAGUGGAGACCUUGUGCACCCUGAAAUCCCAAAGGCAAAAAUGGAAUCUGACUGUGGAUAUUAACAUCUGCAUCAAGGCUUUGCACGGAGUCUGUACCAAGGAACAGCUUCAGAAGGCUCAGACCCAGGGCAGCCUCUUUGCCCUCAACGGCCUGAUCUUCCUCUUGCCGACGAGGAGGAGAGGAGUUUACCAAGACAGUUACUGGCAUUUGGCCCGCCUGCGAUUGUCCCAGCUGCUGAAGGCUAAGCCAGCCCAGCCCUUGGUGCCCUUGGUGAUCCUGGUCCCUGCUGACAUUGAGACCCUUGGAGAAGAGGAAGCCAAGGCAGGUCUGAGGCUGAGGGACUUGAUUACCAGCCAUCUCAUUUCCUACUUCACCAUCCUCAGGAUCCCAUGCUACAUUCAAGACUUGGAAGGGUCCAACCAGGUACAGGAGGCAGUAAGAUGGCUGGUCUGCUAUUCCUCUCCGGCUGCUGAGCUCUGCUGUGAAACCUUCACUCAUUUCAUGGAGAAGGGCAUCAACUGCGAAUUUGGAGAGCGGCUUUCCAGGGACCAGAAGGACCGGCAGCUAGCCGGCUUGCCUUCCCAGGAACCAGAGAUAAUUCUGGAACUGUACAACAGCGUGAUUGAGUUUCUUGCAGGGGUCGUGUCUGCCAAGCAGCUCUGUAGCCCAUCGGGGCUGGCUCCCGAGUUUUUCCGGUUAAAUAAUCAAAAAUGCCUCCAACCCCAAGGGAGUAUGCCGGAAUACCUGGAGUGGCUAAGGAGUAUCACUCUGUCCCUCCAGCUCCCCCCAGUCGUCUUGCCUCAGAAGACCAGUUGGCAGUGCACGUGCUCCUCCAUCCUCAAGUAUGUCCAUCACCUCUUCGGAUCUCAUCCCAGCUAUCCCCUGCUCCACUGCCAGGUGGAGCACCUGCUGAGCCAAGCCUACUGUCACUGGUGGACCAGAGACUUUGGAGAGCAGCAGGAGCCUUCUGGAAUGGAGGUCCCCUGGGAUGUCAUCAUUUGUCUCUGUAUCCAGCAACUGCUCCAGACCUGGAGUCCUCCCAGGCAGCCGGGAACGCCAGAAGCUGGGGAACAGCAGGGGAGAGAGAUCCAGGUCUGCUAUUUCAAGGACAGUCUGAGGGAGUAUUGCCUCCCGGACUCCUGGGAAAAUACUAGGCUGAAGACCAGGAGAGAGAUGCUGCAGCAUGAGAAAGAGCAGGCUUUGUAAGACUCUAAAUGGAAUGAUGCAAUGAAGUGUGUCUUCCUCAUCACCAGCCUUUAAGAUGGGAGAAUCCACAAAUAAACUCUAUUUUAAAC